UCUUUAGCUUCUCCAGCAGGGACACACGCAGUUUAGCUUGAUCAGUGUAUAGAGAUAAUAAAAGCACCUCGGUCUCACAAUGUUUGUAAGGCAUCCCAAUUUGUAUCUGACCCUAUUUCUGUGGAUUACAGCCUCCUGGAGCUGGGCUGAUGCCGGUGCUGGGAAGCAGGAUGAGUCUUUCUUCACUGGCAGCAUUUACAGGGCAAGAUGCACGUCCCGGUGCCUGAGCCUGCACAUCACUCGCAUCUCUGCUUUUUUCAAACAUUUUCAGAAUAACGGAUCCUUGGUUUGGUGUCAGAAUCAUAAGCAGUGCUCCAAGUGCCUGGAGCCUUGCAAAGAAGCUUGGGAUCUGAAGCAGAAUCAGUGCCAAAACUUAUGCGAGCCUCUGUUUCCCAAGAAACACUAUGAGUGUCUGACCAGCUGUGAGUUCCUGAAAUCCAUCCAGUCGUUGAAGCAAGGAGACUGCCCAGCCCCAGAGAAAGCCAGUGGAUUUGCUGCUGCCUGUGUGGAGAGCUGUGAGGAUGACAGUGAGUGCUCAACGGUGAAGAAAUGCUGCUCCAACGGCUGUGGACACACCUGCCAGCUACCAAAAAAUCUGUACAAAGGAGCUCCGCUGAAGCCCAGGAAGGAACUGAGCUUUACUGAGUACCCAUCUGGCCAGCUGGAGAUCAAGUGGUCAUCAAAGUUCAACAUCUCUGUGGAACCAGUGCUUUAUGUAGUCCAGAGACGAUGGAACUAUGGAAUACACCCCAGUGAAGAUGAUGCUACUGACUGGGAGACUGUGGCUCAGACAACAGAUGAGCGCGUACAACUUUCUGACACCCGGGCUAGCAGGUGGUACCAGUUCAGAGUGGCUGCUGUUAACGUCCAUGGAACAAGAGGAUUCCCUGCCCCCAGCAAACACUUCCGCUCCUCCAAAGAUCCCUCUGCGCCUCCAACCCCGUCCAGUCUGAGGAUCACGAACAUGACCACAAAUGGUGACGGCUCCAUCUCUGCAAGGAUCUCCUGGGCUCUUCCUGAGGAGCCUGACAUUCCAGUCCACCAUUACAAAGUCUUCUGGAGCUGGACUGUCAGUGGGAAAUCCAUGGUGCCGGCAAAGAAAAAGAGAAGAAAGACCACCAAUGGGUCCCAAAACUAUGUGGAUCUGGAGGGUCUCCAGCCAAACAGCAGUUAUAUGGUAGAAUUGCAGGCCAUCACAUACUGGGAUCAAGUGCGUCUGAAGAGUGCAAAGGUCAUCCUAUACUUUAGCACAUUGAGAGCAAAUGACACAAAGGAGCAGCCUACCACUUCAUCGAAAACAAGGAAAGGGGGGAAUAGUCCAACUAGUCCUCUAGAGAUAGGUGCUCCAUUCUACCAGGACGGACAGCUUCAGGUGAAGGUCUACUGGAAGAAAAGAGGAGAUACCAGCAUUACCCGUUACCAUGUCCAGUGGAUACCAGAGUCUUGCACUCAUAAUGAAACAAAGGGUCCUGAGAGAGCUGUUACACAGGAAAACUACAUACAUCUCCAAGGGCUGCUGUUUUCAUGCAAGUAUAGAGUGACUGUCCAGGCUAUGAAAUCUAAGGGCCGCUCAAAGGCAGAAACCACAAGCUUUACCACUCCACCUUGCUCUGUUUUCAAAGGGAAGAGCUAUAAACACAUUAACUGUCCAGGAGAAGCAGUGACAGUGCUUCAGAAAGUGCUUGCCAAGCCAGAGAACCUGUCUGCAUCCUUCAUCAUUCAGGAAGGGAAUAUUACAGGCAAUUUCUUCUGGAGAAUAUCAAGGGCAAACCUACACCAGCCUGUGACAGGGUUCCAAGUCACAUGGGCAGAGGUCACCACGGAGAGCAGACAGAACAGUUUACCAAACAGCAUCAUCUCCCAGUCACAGAUACUGCCUCCUGACCGCCAUCAUCUUACAGUAUCAAAUUUGAGGCCAUCAACCUUGUACAGACUGGAAGUGCAGGUGUUAACAACGGGAGGAGAAGGCCCAGCAAAGGUUAAAACAUUUCAAACACCUGACAUUCCACCAGCUCGCCCACACAGACCCAGGCUCAAACACCACCAUCAGCAUCACAAAAAGCCAUCUUCAGGAAAACACUGAAGACCCAGACACAGUGACACCCAGAGAAAUUAAAUCUGAGCAGCACCCAUUGCAAAAAAAUAAAUAAAAUAGACAGACUGAUGUUACUGUUUAAACCUAUGAGAGGUGGUUUUUAUUUUCAACAGGAAGGUGCCCAACUAUUUUAAUUGGACACAUCUGCCAUCCUAAAGUUAUAUAUGAGCGCGAUUCUAGGGUAUUUUAGACUCAAAUACCGCUAGUAAUAUUUUGGCUAAGAUAUUAUGUCACAUUUAAAGUAUACUCGACAUGACAUUAUAUGAAUAAUGAAUUAUGAAAAGAAUAUUGAGUAGCAUAGAAAGGUGUCUUAUUAUGGUGACAGGUUUAAUGAUUUGUAGAAAGGAAAACGUCAAUAUUGCAUCUUUGAGAAACAGAACAAAUGCCAUAAUACUUGUACAGUAUAUUACAGUUGUCAUCUGUAAGAGUAGCUUUGGAUCAAACUAUUUAUUACCUAGAACUAAGUAAUCCCAAGUGGUGCUUAAUAGUACAUAAUAUUGAUAGAUAAUGUUACUAAAAAUGUAGUUUAACUACGAUUAAUUAGGAUAUUGCAUGUAGGAAACAAUUUAAUUUAAAAUGCAAAUGAAUUAGUUGCAGAUUGAAUCAUAUAUGGUUUUGCAUGACAAAACUUAAGUGUUCUGUUUGAUGCAUGAAAUACAAUAUCUGUGUUACAUCUUCUGAAUAUAUUAGCUUAACUCAGUUUACAAAAUAAUUAAGAGGACUCAAUGAAAAAACUCUGUAGAAAUGACAGAAUUGUGUAUUUACUAAACUGGCUGUAGAAAUCAUGCUCAUGUUACAGUCAUUUAAUGUCAAUGUUUAUUUAUGUAUUACAUAAUGUUUUGUGUGUGUUUCAGUCUAGCUUGUUUUUUAAACAGAUAUACUUGUAAAAACAUUUUGUAAAAAUUGAAUUGUAAAUAGUUCAAUGUCAUGUUACUCGUU